AUGUUCCAGAGAUCCGGGCAGGAACCAGACUUCCUUCCAUUAUCCUGUAUACAGGAUAAGUCCGCAAUCUCUCCCUCCCACAGGAGAAGACUAAGCCUAGUUGUGAGUAAGCCUGCCGUCAAGAUUGAUGAUCUGCACCACCAUCAUGAAGUUCUACAAACACCUCCAAUUGAUAUUCAACUACGUCAAGAAAGUUUAAUGAAGCCACUUCUCUUGAACAGAUCAGUUCCAAGGAUAUUGUUGUGUUCUGGAAUAUUUAAUUGGAGUGCAGCCAUGGGUUCAGGACCAGUCAAAGGAUUUAUGACCCCGGAGGUGAACCAGAUCAUCACCAAGAAGGUGAAGGAGGAGGAUAUGAAGAUAGCUAAGGAGGAGGGGGAGAAGGCGACCUUUGCUGCUGGUUGCUUCUGGGGGGUGGAGUUAGCCUUCCAGAGAGUUCCAGGUGUUCUUCACACUAUGGAGGUUUGCUCCGGUUCGACCGGACAUACUGAAGCUGUUCAGAUGAUAUUUAAUUCUGCAGCAGUAUCAUACAAGGAGCUCCUUACAGUACUCUUCGAUAGGAUGGAUCCAACUGCGCUUAAUAGGCAAGGGAAUGAUGUUGGAACCCAGUAUAGAAGCGGGAUUUAUUAUCAUUCCGAAGAUCAGAAGGCUAUAGCUGAUGAGUUUGUAAAGGAAGUUACUCCGAAGUAUAAAGGAACUAUUGUGGUGGAGAUUAAACAGGCAGCAAAGUUCUGGCCUGCUGAGGACUACCACCAGCACUACCUGGAGAAGGGGUCCCAGAAGGCGGAGAAGGGUUGUCUCGAUCCUAUCAAGUGCUACGGUUAA